ACUUGAAGUAUUCUUUUCGCCUUGUAUUUUUUAAAAAGCCGGGAUAAAUAGAUGAGAAUUAUGCUCAAAAUACUGAAGAUAGCUCAUCUUCUUGCAUUAGUCUUUACAGCUGAGCUUAUUAAUCCAGUUUCUUCCAUCACGUCUGGUUUAAUGAUCAAUGUCGAUAGGCCAAAGCCUGAUCCUACGAUGUCGUUGAUCGGCAGUCGAAGAAAAAGGUACUUUCAGGAAUUAUUCGAUUUAAAGGAAAAAAGAUUGAUGGCUGCUUAUGAUUUGAUGUUGAGAAAAGAACAGUUAGAUUUUGAGAGUCGAAAAAGCUUCUGCGAAAAAGUUCUACCCUACUGUCAAACCCGAAAAAGGUUGGUAGAAAGAAAGCUUGUAAAGGCGUGAAGCUGGAACUAACAGCUGCCGGGAACUCGAAAGUGACUAAGGACGACGACAAAAUUCCCGUGCACAAGUCUCCAACUGCGUUGGCCUCUUAAAUCGAAAACUAAUCAAUUAACUAAAUGUUCUUUCUUAGUGCGAAAAUUAAAAAUCAACUCUYUAGAAAAGAAUCACAUCCUCAAGUGAAAACUCGUUAGUCUAAAAAAAGGAAUUAAUUUGAAAGUAGGUAAGAUAAUGAAUGAAUAUCAUGUGCAAAUAUACUUGUAACUUUUAGUGAAACGACAACGAGCAAUGAAAGUAUUUUUGUUAAAUAGCGGAGUUUUGACCUGUGUUUAUGAAAAAUAAAGAAUAGCAUUUAAAAUACCUUUAUCGACCUUGGCCAAGGGUCAAUGUUAUCACCUGCUUAGCCACACUAUGUAUUGUCAAGUUCAAACUCGUACUGUCAAACUCGUUACUGAAAAUGUUCUUUCAGCUUUAAAAUAUCUUAAAUUCAUUUAUAUUAAUAAAUAAAAAAUAAAAAAUAACUUGAUGACAAGAAGAUACACAUGGGAUUAGAACAUUCUUGACCGAAUACUGUGGAACGGAGAUGACUUUUCUUAUUUUUAGCAAUUAAAAAUAAAUGAAAAUGUUAA